AUGUCUCUCACCAAUUCCCACCCAAAUGCCUCUACACCACUCACUUCAAAUUUCAGAAAUUUUCACAUACACCAUGCACCUAUAUAUACACAUACAUAUCAUUCCACAGCCACAAGUCUUCACAUCCUCUGGUAUCAAAUCCUUACUUCUUCCUCCUCCUCAUUUGUGAUCUUUGCCAUUUUUCAGGCAAUAAUAGAGACAGAUAACAAUGCUAUUCGUUUGCUUGGUAUUAUACAUGCUAUGCACAUUCUCCGUCAAAUAAACUCAUUUUCAAAACAUGCAGCUUCCAAAUCUUUAGAUGUUCCAAAAGGCUACCUUGCAGUAUAUGUUAGAGAAAGUGAAAAGAAGCGAUUUGUGAUUCCUAUUUCGUUCUUGAACCAGCCGACAUUUCAACAAUUGCUAAACAAGGCUGAGGAAGAAUUUGGAUUUGAUCAUCCAAUGGGUGGUCUCACAAUUCCUUGCAGUGAAGAUAUCUUCAUUGAUCUCACUUCUUGCUUACAUGAAUUGUGAUAUGCCAGCAAAAAAAUGAAAAGAAUAGAAAAUUUUGUAAAUCCAAGUACAUUCUUUAAUUCUUUUAAGAAGAAGAGGAGAUGGAUAUUGUUUAUCAGCAAAAAAUGUCAGAAAUUGAAUUAUUGCAGUUCCUCCACAUUCUUCAGGAAAAAAUGUAUAAUUGAGAACACCUUUUAGUUGAAACCAAUCCUCAUUGAGUCUAUGAUAUUUCAAGUCCCUUUUCUUAAAUUUGAUUUGUCAUGGUUUUCUAUGGAUAAUAGUUUAUGCAGCUUUUA